AUGGAUUCUUGUGUCGCCUGCACUGAUGAAAUGUUUGGAGUAGACGGCAUUGUCAAGUCUGGAAACAAGAAAAAAAUGUCAAGGGACAUGGAGUCGGACAUAGAAUCCCUCUACAAAGCUGUUCCUCAGCUUGCCAAGACUUUUCGUAUCAUAGAAAAAAUUGGACAAGGAACAUUCAGCUCAGUCUACCUUGGUGAGGCUCGGAUGCAGGAUGGUAGCAGAGGCUUGUUUGCGCUCAAACAUCUCAUUCCUACCAGUCAUCCCACUCGCAUUGCUGCUGAGCUCCAGUGUCUCACAAUUGCUGGGGGCAGGGAGAAUGUAAUGGGUGUGGAGUAUUGCUUCAGAAAGGAGGAUCACGCCGUGAUUGUCAUGCCUUAUAUGGAACAUCAAGCAAUAGUGGACAUCAUUGGCACAUUGAGCUUUGAAGAGGUUCGGCUGUACAUCUACCAUCUGUUGAAGGCCCUCAGACACAUUCAUCAGUUUGGUAUAAUCCAUCGAGACAUCAAACCGAACAACUUUCUCUACAAUAGGAAGGCCAAGAAGUUUGCCCUGGUGGAUUUUGGCUUGGCUCAGGGAACGGCGGACACUCAAAUCGAGCUGCUCAAGGUGGUCAGGCAGAAGUUGUCGCAACCAAAACCCGGAGGCUCCAAAGAAAGACGAGCACAACAUAGACCCCCCUCUGCCAACACUGCCCCCACCUCACUACAUCCACCGCAUUCUACGGCUCAUCCACAUUCCUCCAACUCUUUUUCUUCCUCAGCAACUCGGAAAGUGCUGAUUAAAAAAUCACAUUCUCUCACGAACACAGUGGGGGCCUCCACUUCUCACGCAAAGGAUUUAGUGGGUUUAAGCAAAGCACCAAGGCCUGUGUUUAGCGAGAGGAACCUGAACAGCUGUUCUUUAAUCACCACCAAACAAGAAACUAAAACACAAGUAAGUUUGUUGCCAAGAAGAACUGGAGAGCUUUCAAGUCGAAGGUUUCCUCCAGCCAGAAGAGGACUAGCAACUGUCCGCAAUCAGAAAUCUCAGCGAGGUGUCCACCACUCUCUUACCUGCAACUGCUUCCAAACGGACCAAGUCUGCAACGUGUGCUUGUCUAGGAAGCAGCAGUCUGCUCCAAGAGCGGGAACUCCUGGUUUCCGUGCACCUGAAGUCCUCAUUAAGUGUCCGAACCAAGGGACAGCUAUCGACGUGUGGUCAGCCGGAGUCAUCUUCCUCUCCCUGCUGAGUGGACGUUACCCGUUUUUCAAAGCCAGCGACGACAUGGUGGCCCUCACUCAGAUUAUGACCAUCCGAGGCUCCAGAGAAACUGCACGAGCUGCUAAGGCAUUCGGCAAGGCGGUGCUGUGCAGUCGGGAGCUUCCCAGGUUGGAUCUCAGGGUUCUUUGCGAGACACUAAGAGGUCGGAGACCAGUUGAAGAAGUCUGUAAAUCUCUAGAUGAUUGCCGCAAAAAGCGAGCGGUUGAGACACCACUGCUUUCAAAAAGCAAGGCGAAAUUCCAAAAAGUCUCACAGAGCGAAACUUUGGUCAAUGAUGAACAGGGGUGGGACACUGUGCCUGAAGAGGCCUAUGACCUACUGGACCACUUAUUGGAUCUCAACCCAAUGACUAGAAUUACAGCAGCAAAGGCUCUGGAGCACCCACUCUUUACAGACUUUUGA